AAAACCUGUAUGGAAAUAUAUAUACUGGAUUAUCCAAUACAUUAAUAUCUAGUUCACAGAAAUGAAAAGACAAUCCAUUCCACAUACAUCUCGUAGUAGCGAACCCAAGUCACGGAAAUAUUCAGUUUCCCACAAGAGACCGAUAGAAAGUUCAUCUGAAGAGAGCGAUGAGGACAUAGCAAGCCAAGGGAAUCGACACAAAAAGAUUAAAAUCGAAGCAUUCAAGAGGAAUACCCUUCUGGACGAACUACAAAGUAUCUUGCAUGAUUACCCAGAUAAUGAACAGAUCAUAAAGGAACUCCUCCAAAAUGCAGAAGAUGCAGAGGCUUCUGUUGUCAAGAUUUUAUGUCAUCCUGGUGCUGACGUUUCCCAUAUCAGGGCUCCAUAUAACAAAUAUCUAUCUGGACCAGCACUCUGCUUUUAUAAUGACUCCAAGUUUACUGAAGAGGACUGGAAUGGUAUCAUAAUGCUUCGCAAAAGCAACAAAAAAUCAGAUGCUCUGAAGGUUGGGAAGUUUGGAAUUGGCUUUAAAUCUGUUUUUCACAUGACAGAUCAUUGCUGUGUUAUAAGUGGUACCACUGUUCUCUUUAUGGACCCUCUAAAAGAUGAAAAUCAAAGGAUUUUGAUAAAUGAUUAUUGUCAUAAAGAAGUAUGUGGAAAACGAGGACUCACUCCAUUAGAUGGUGUAUUUGGCAUUGAUAGUCAUCACAUACGAUCCACAGGAUAUGAUGGAACUCUGUUUUGGUUUCCACUUAGAAGAAAGGCAUCCAGGAUAUCAGAAACAACAUACAGCGUAGCCAAAGUUGACGAUCUUAUAAAAUCUUUUAGUAAAAAUUUGGAAUUGGAGUUGUUAUUUUUGAAGUAUAUUGAAAAAAUUGAGCUGCACAAGUAUGUUGCUAAAAACAUCAUCAUCGAUGUGAAGGCUGAGAUAGACCAAAGUUCCUUAAAGAAGGUAAACGAGGAAAGGAGAGCAUACAAAUUAAAACUAUUCGAAGUGGAAAACACAUUGAAAAGUGGACAAUCCCUAGAAAAAGAAAGUCCAAUCUGGAUGCACAAUACAAUGUGUCUCAAAAUAACACGUUUGGGCACUGCAACCAAAGAACAGUGGAUGAUCUUGCAGUAUUUUCAUGGAGGGAGCACCGACCGAGAUAUAGUUCGACUACUUCGAAGUACACAUUCAAAGUAUAGACCGUACGUGGGCAUUGCUGCAAGAGUUGACAAAAAGAUUUCAAAUGGAAAGCUUUUCUGCUUCCUUCCACUGCCAACAGACAGGGAAAGCCCAACUGGCUUACCAGUUCAUGUGAACGGUUACUUUGCCUUAGACAGCAACCGACAACACAUUAAAUGGCCAUCACGUGACCAAAGCAUGAGUGAAAGUCAUUUGGAGGACGACAUGCUAUGGAAUAAAUACUUGAUAGAGGUAUUACUUCCCAUUGUGUACAAAGAAUUUCUCAAAAAGUUCAAAACACAUUGCGAAAAUGAAAAUAAUAAACAAGGUAUGCUUGAACUAUUCUAUCAAUAUAUUCCAACUAGAAGUUCAACCAAAGAAGAAUGGGAGUGUGUUGUUGAUUCUAUAGACGAUUACCUUAUUACCUCACAAGUCCCAUGUUUAGAGGAAAGACAGUGGGUGAAAACAAGAGAAGCAACAUUCAGUAUAUUUGCAAACAUUUCAGAUGAAUGUAAGGAGGCAGUUCACAAACUCUUUAGAAAGUGUUUAGGCAAUGGACUUGUAAACCUGGGAAAAAAUACAGAGGUCUUCGAUGAUCUAAUUCGUCGAAAGAAGUCAAUAAAAUCAACAUCCCCUCAAGCCCUCCGAGAUUUAAUGAAAGAUUUCGAUGUCUACAAACAAUGUUCAGCUUUAUCAAAAGCUCAUUUUCUUAUUUAUUCCUGCAGCGAAAAUAAGAUUCCUAUGGAUUUAGCUGGCCUGGAACUAAUUGAGACGCAAGAUAAAAGACAUGCAGUACUUAAACUUCAGGUCAUGCAAGGAAAUCAGUACACGAAAUGUAUAUUCCUUUGUGAACAAGGCGAGGAAGCUUUUCUUUUGGGAAAAGAAAAUCAACUUGUUAAAUCAAGACAAAAGUCUGAAAAGCUGGAAGAGGUUUUACAAGCAAUUAUCCGAACAGGAAAAUACAACUUUAAAGCACUUGAUCCAAGCACUUGCAUCAAACUUUUAGAAGAUGUGUUGCAGACAAAAGUGAAAGGCCUUUUUUCUUAUGAGUGGGUUAGAAAUGUCUGGAAAUAUAUGGAUUCAAAAUUUCAGAAAUCAUUAGACCCAGUGAAACACCUUCCCAUUGUUCCUGUCAAAGGACAAGACGUUUUUCUCAGAAGACUUUCAGAUUACCUUGUUGACAAUACUGGAAUUGAGAAUGGCAAUUUGUGGGUAGAGAUAUUUGCAUUUUUCAAUGUUUUUGUUGUAAAGCAAAACUUUUUACAUCAUCACUUAUUGCAACCAGGAAAGGGCUAUGUUCGAUCUGCAGUAGAAGAAAGACUUUCUCUCUUUGACAAGCAUUUCUCAAUAGGUGUUGAUAAUUUCAAUGCUCAAGGUACUGGAGAACAGAAAGAAGAACUGAAAAGAUAUUUAGCCACAAAUAAUGCAAAACUUCCUUUAAGUCUCUUGCGAAGUUUAAAGAAGUUGCACAUUUUUAGAAGACAGCGGAGUUUGAAAAUCUUCGAAUGUUUCACAUCAAUUGAAGAUUGUAAAACUGUCUUUAUGGCUGACGAAGAUUUUCCUUUACCAUUCAUACAAAGUAUGAUAGUCACAUUUUCCAAAAAAGAGAGUGAGUUAGUGCGCAAACUUUCAGAUGAUGUACAGGACUUAUCGAGAAUUAUCUUUAAUUCAUUAGAAGAGCUGAUUAGGAACCCAGUUUGGUUAACAGAUGAAAUGAAAAGACGGCUGUGUCACUACAUUUUAGAAAAGAAACACAAGUUGUGCAAUUGGGAGAAUAUUGUGGAUCGUGUGAAAGAUAUUCCUUGCAUAAGAAACAGGACUGGAGAAAAUAAAGCUUUCAAAACUUUAUAUGAUCCAAAUGACAAAGUGUUGAAAGAUAUAUUUGAUAACAGCAAAUUCCCAUGUGAUGAAGAUGUUUACCUUUUACAACAAAUAGGAUGUCUGACUCAAAAGGACACCAACUUUGUUAACGACAUAGAGAUGGUGUGUAAAAAGAUUCAUGCUGGAGCAGAAAAAUAUGAAGGAAAGAAACUUCGAGCCGUUUCAAAGGCUCUUAUUCAGGUCAUGAAAGAGCAUAGUAAGAUAUGUCAUCGUGUAUCCGAGUAUAACAUAUUGCCAUAUAUGAAGGAGAAAGUUGACCACUACCCCAAAUCUCUUCAAUGGUUCAAAACUGAAGGUUUAGUGAAAAUGGACUCUUUACAAUUAAGAAAAAGUGCAAGUUUGAUAGGAUCUGUUAUGCCUGUUGCUACAGAGGAAUGCAAGAUUUUUCUUCGUAAGGUUAAAGAGAUUCCCGUUGAAAGCGUCCGUAAACAAUUUCAAAAUGUGUUGAAAAAUUAUACAAAAAAGGAACAUUCAAAGUACAUGACAAUAGUGAUUUCAAUUUACCAAUUCUUUGAACAAAAAAUGUUGUUCGAUAUUGAAGAAUUUGGAAAAUUUAUUUUGACAGAGCAUGAGUUUCAGGAUAUCAGUUCAGUUUAUGUUGAAAGGAAUACAAAGAAAGAUAUAGACACAGUUCCUUAUCUAGUACCUUUGCCCACGGAACUAGAACAAUUUGGGACAUUUUUUAUAAAAUGUAAAUGCUACGCAUCGCAAACACCGGCGAGUUUGCUCGAAGUUCUCAGAAAACUAAAAGUAAAGUAUGGAGAAGCUUUUCAGACGGAUGAGAUUGAUAAGGAUUUCGACUUGAUAGAGAAGAUUUUGAGACGUCUGUCCAAAGAAGAUCCCAUUCCAGAUGUAAUUCUACCAAUUAGAUCAAAAAACCCAAAACGUAUUCUUUUCAAACCUGCCAAAGAGUGUGUGUACGCAGAUACAGAUUGGUUUAGUAGAAAAUUUACAGAAGACGAACACGUGAAUUUCGUUCAUUCAAAAAUUAGUAAACAUAUUGCAAAGGCAUUUGGCGCGCGUUCUUUAAAAGAGUACACUCUUGCAGAUGCUGAGGAAAUGUUUGAAGAAUUUGGUCAAUCAGAAAAAUUGACUUUAAGAAUAAAAUCUCUUCUCGAGGGAUAUACAGAUGGAUUAUCUGUUCCAAAAGAGAUAAUUCAAAAUGCCGAUGAUGCUGGUGCAACCAUAGUAAAGUUCCUUUAUGAUGAACGAGAAAAUAGGGAAGCAAGAGCGGCGCUUAUUGAUCCAAACAUGAAGUCUUUUCAAGGCCCUGCAUUAUGGGCAUACAAUGACGCAGAAUUUACCGAUGAAGACUUUAAGAAUAUUCAGAAAUUAAGUGGGGCAACAAAGAAGGAAGAUACAACAAAAAUUGGUACAUUUGGUGUUGGGUUUAAUGCCGUUUACAACUUGACUGACGUUCCAAGUUUUGUAAGCCGAGGGAGUUUAGUGUACCUUGAUCCUCAUGAAAAAUACCUAGGCGAAGCUUUGGAAGGAAAAAGACAAAGUCCAGGAAUUAAACUUCAACUGAGGAACAGAGUAAUGUUAGAUAAAAUGAGAGAUCAGUUUUUUCCUUACGAAAACAUAUUUGGUUUUCAAGGCGUCAGAUUUCACGAGGGAAAAUCUUUCCAAGGAACAUUAUUUCGAUUGCCUUUGCGAACAGAAACACAGGCCAAAUAUAGUGAAAUAAGCCAGAAACCAUAUUCAGCAAAUGAAAUGGAGAAAUUUGUCAAUUUGAUUUGCAAGGCAGCUGGAAACCUUCUACUUUUUACUCAGAAUGUACGAAAACUUGAGUUUUAUCGCCUCCAAAAUACAAAAGAAUCACCUAAAAAAUGUAUGGAUUUGAUAUUAAGUGUGACAAAGGACUGGUUAUCAAAUCCAUGCAAUGUAUUAAAAGAAGCCACACGGCAACUCAGAAACAAUGAUCUAUCGCAGCCGUUCAUCGACUUGCAAUCAGUAAUAAUUACGGUUCAAUUGAAAUCCUCCCGUCUUUCAGUCCAGUGGUUGUUGUCGUGGUCCACUGGUAACAAGAAGUCUCUAACCCUAUACAAGGAUAGAAAAAGUGAUGGAGCUUUGCCACUAGCUUGUACUGCGGUUCCUGUCAUCAAAGAUGGAACAUCUUCCAUUAUUUUGCACGAAAAUAUGCGUAACCUGCCUUCUGGCUUUUAUAGGGAAGGGCAUUUAUUUUGUUACUUACCUCUGCCAAUUAUAACAGGUCUUCCAUUCCAUGUCAAUGGUAAUUUCUCAAUAUCUGCUGAUCGCCAGCGUCUUCUCGUUACGACAUCAGAUGAAAAAGAAGACUCAAAACAUGUAGUAUGGAACAAUUGUCUUACAGAAGAUGCCGUUCUGAAUGCUUUUAUUGCAUUAAUAUUGCAUUUAAGGCAUAAGAUAAAUAACGAAAAAUAUGUGUACUAUUCGUUGUGGCCAACAAAAACAGAAAAUAUUUGGAGAAGAUUUGAUGAAAAAUUCUAUUUGAAAAUAACAGGAGAUUCAACAUUACAAGUUUUCAAGACAUCAAAGGGUUGGAAAGCUUUUAAGGAAUGCAAAUUUUUGGAUCCGACUUUGCAAAAAUAUGAAAAACUUAAGACAAUUGUUUUAGAUUUAAUCGCAAAAUUUGAAGUAGAUGCAUUGUUUAUCAGUGAUCUACCUGUAGAAUUGUUCAGAAAAGUGAAAGAUUUUUGUGAUCCUGCUCAAUUAGUUACUCGGGAAAUAUUUGCAUGUGAAUAUUUUUUGGGCAACGUUGAGAGAAAUGAAUGUAAAACAAAUUAUGAUUACAUUUUAUUGACCAUCUUGCAAUGGGAUACCGAAAGUAUAAUGGCAAAAAUCAGUAAUAUAAACUGUAUUCCGACACUCCCCAGUGGGAAAAAACGACGUCCGAAAGAUCUUGUGGAUCCUUCCAGAGAUAUUUCAAAACUUUUCUCAGAGUCAGACAUGGUGUUUCCUACAGAACCGUACAUGAAAAAGGAUUUUCGAAAAAGUCUAUCAAAAUUGGGAAUGAUGAAACAAGAGAAAGACGUUCCAUUAGAGAAGUUGAUUCAGCAAACAAAAAAGGUACAAAGUCUGUUUGAACGGUGUCAGAGAUGUGCCUUAGAUCGCAUUGACUACAUAAUAAGUUUUAUAAAAAUAGCAAAUCUUGGGAAAAACGAGUUACAAAAUCUGAUGGACAUUCAAUUUCUACCAGCAAAAGAGAAACCUAUUGGUUGGUCAUAUCCCUGGUACUUGCAAAAGAUUCAAGAACACAAAACUUUAAAGAAAUUAUGCAGCAAUCAUCGGCUUUCUAAACUAUCAGAUACUAUGCUUUGUCGCCCCUAUGAUCUAUUUUUUUCAUCAGCAAAAAACUGCAUUGGUUCCCAGAGGCUAAUUUUAGGUCUUCCUGAUGAACAGCAGAUGGAAAAUGAAAUCUUGCUUAGGAGUCUGGGUGUUAGAUCUUUUGACAGUGUUUCCAUCGACAUGUUAUCGAACCAGCUGUCAGAAGUUUUGGAACAUGCAUUUAUAGAAAAAAAUACGAAGGGGAUAUGCAUGGAUUUGUAUAAUGCCUUUAAUAAAAUACUCGGCAAUGUUCAAAAUAAAAAUGAAUUGAGUUUAGACAAAUUUUCAAACACAGCAUGCAUUCUAAUUGACGGAAAAUUUGUUUGCCCAGAUCGGAUAGUUUUUUCUUUAAAAUUAAACUGUGAACCUUUCUUUUUUCAUUUGGAAAGAAGUGAACUUUUAAAGUACAAAAGGUUUUUGAAAGCAGUUGGAGUGCGAGAUGAAUUUGAAACAAACGAUAUUAUUAAAGUUUUCAAGGAGAUCAAAAGGACAAACGAAAAUAGAAAACUUCCUAGGAAAUCCCUUGACGCAGUGUGUCGUAUUACAUCCUUACUUCCAUCCAUAUCAGAAAGUGGAAUCUAUGAAUUUCUUCACCUUCAACUUUACCUCCCAGAUAAGAAUGGGAUAAUGCGAAAAGCUAGUGACCUUUGUCAGAAUGAUUGCGAAUGGAUACCAGACAGUCCAGGAAUGUGUUUUUUACACCCUAACAUUUCAAAAUCCGUUGCGACUUUAGCCCGAAUAAAGUCAAAAAGAGAACAGGAUUUGUUAACAACAUCGUCUGAGUUUGGCUUUGAUUUUGGUCAGCACGAGGAUUUAAAGAUAAGAUUAAAGAAACUGCUUAAGGGAUAUCCAGAAAUAAGCAUUUUGAAAGAAUUAUUACAAAACGCAGACGAUGCGGGUGCCUCUGAGCUGCAUUUCAUCAUGGACUACAGAAUGCAUAAAACAGUGAAAGUAUUUUGUGACAAAUGGAAAGAGUUGCAAGGACCAGCUUUAUGUGUUUACAAUGACAGCGUUUUCACUGAACAGGAUAUUCAAGGAAUUCAGAACCUUGGAAUGGGAAGCAAAUCUGAAGACCCAACAAAAACGGGACGAUAUGGAGUUGGAUUUAAUGCUGUUUACCGACUAACAGAUGUUCCAUGUUUUUUAUGUAAAGACAGUGAUCAAAUAUUAUGUGUUUUAGAUCCCCUUCGCGAAUAUAUCGCUCAUCCCCAAAAAGGAAGACCAGGACGCAGGUUUCCAAAUGCAACUGAAUAUCUUCGACAACGUUAUCCAGAUAUACUGACGUGCUUCCUUACUCAAACAGAAGUUUGGAAAGGAGGAAAAGGCACUCUUUUCAGAUUUCCCUUACGGAACAGAAACUCUGUUAUAUCAAAAAAGUACACUACACAUGAAAUUGAAAAAUUAUUUCAAUCCUUUGAAAAUGAAAUGGGAGAAAAUCUUCUGUUUUUAAGCAGUGUGAAAAAAAUCCAAAUCUCGACCAUUGAUAAAAGAGGGAAAAUGAAAAGAAGACGUUUAGUAUCAGUCGAAAGAAAAACAAAAGAAAAUCUAUGUGAAGUUCAACAGCUUAAAUCAGAACUUAAACAAAAUUUGAAUAUGAACAAAGAAUUGCAUUAUGAACUUGUUUUAAAUUUGGACGACACCUUUUGUGAAGAGUGGUUAGUUGUUCAAAAAUAUGGAUUUGAAGAAAGUGUUCCACGUGAUAUUCAAAAUCUGUACUCAUCAGGAGAUCUAGGACUACUUCCUGUUGCAGGUUUAGCUAUUUUGAAAUCAUCUCAAUCACGGAAAACAGUAUUUUACAAAGCAUUUUGUACGCUCCCAUUACCUAUUGAAACAGGAAUUCCAAUCCAUAUCAAUGGUCAAUUUGCUUUAGACAACGAAACACGCACAGACAUAUGGUGGCCUGAAGUAGAUUCAUAUCGGGAUACAAGAAGCCUAUGGAACGAACAUUUAGUGAAAUCAGUAGUCGUAAAGGCUUAUGCUGAACUGAUCAAAAUUUCAAAGCAAGAAAUAUGUAGAUAUAAGAAUAAAAAAUCAGAUUGGCUGUGUCGGUAUAACAAUUUAUUUCCAUGCAUCCCAAAGAUAAAAGGAAUUUGGCGAUAUUUAGCAGUAUCUUUUUAUGAAUACAUUGUGACAAAAGAAAUGCAAAUCUUCCCUGUUCUUCAAAACGGAAAGAAACACGUUUUUGCAGAUGGGUAGCAAUUAUCAAAUGUAUUCUUUGAAGACCUGGAAACAGAUUUUAAACACUUGUAUCCUCCAAAGGAUGAAACCGAUGAAUGGUUCAACGUUAAAAGCAUGGAGUUUGCUUGUUUAUUAAGGGACGUUGGCAUGAAAUUGUUGAAUUCCCCAUUGUGGAUGUACGAAAGUUUAAAACAUGCAAAUCUUUCUGUGGAAAAAAUUAAUCCUCGAUCUGUUUUGAAUUUCCUGAAAAGUUUUGAAACGUUAGAAGAAAAAUGUCAAUUAACAAUAAAUAAACAUGUUGGUAAAACGCUAAUGAAAAGUAAAGAAAAUGUUAUGAUGAUAUUAAAAUUCUGUCUGCUAGAUAACUCAAUAAAGUGUGAUGAAUUAGAGGGAGCUCCACUUCUGUUAACAUCUGAUGGGUUUCUCAGAAAGUUUACUAGAGGAAAAAAUAUCUAUUACACAAACCUAGGAGAGUAUGUGAAGAUGUUUCCAAAAUCACAGUACCGAUUGCUACAUCACAAUCUUGCGUUCCUGUGCGGGAGAAAUAAGUUAUUUAACCCUUACAUAAGUAAAUUGGAACUUGACAAUCUUUGUGAAGUUUUAAAUGAAAAUUUGAUAGAAGGAAUGAAGCAUGAAGUUCCUGUCCCUUUUCACGACAUAGAAUUUCCUUGUCCUGACUGGUUAGAAACAUUUUGGAACUUUAUUGGGAGACUGCAUGACAACUUCUUAUUUCAUGGGAGAGGAGAUCUGAAAUGCUUUCUAGAAAUCAUGAUAUUGCACCUUGGAAAAUGGGCAUUACUUCCUGUAAGGAGAAAUAGCAGGUUUCAUCAUCAAUACGAGAACAGACUAUUGUAUCCUCUGAAUAUUGGAAAAUCUAUUUUUGAUAUGUUUGAUUGUGAAGUAACAAAAACAAUGCAAGCAAUGGGACUUCCCUAUCUGGAUAGAACAGAAAUCAGAAAUGAAGACUUAAAAAAAUCCAGCAUAAUUGUUGCAAGUUCCUUUGUUGCAAAUUCAGCAAAUGUCCUUGAAAUAUUGGAAUGCAUCUUGUCAAAUACAAAAAAUAUUGACAUGAAAGCAAACUGUGAAAUUUUAAUGGAAUAUUUCGAAUCUGAAGCAUCAAAUUUAAAACAAGAUACAGAAUCAAAAGAAAAGCUUAAACGUUUACCAUUUUAUGAAAAUCUGUUAGAUGAGUAUCAAACUCUUGAAGGUUGUAAAACUUUUGUAAUGCUUCCGAAGGAAGCACCAACCGAUGGUCUUCAUCAGCUUUGCCUAAAAACAACUGUGCAAUUUUUAAAACACAAACAAUGGAUGUGUGUGUAUGAAAGGGCGGGAUGUCAUAUCUGUGAUGUCGUAGAAGUAUACCAAAAAUACAUAUUGCCUCAUUUCAGUGAUUUGCCAGACAGGGACAUAGUGAAACAUAUGGAAACACUUAAAGAUACCGUCAUCAGCAGACUGAUAUUUAAAUCCAAAAGUGAGCAAAAUUCCAUAAUGGAAUUGUUACAACAGGUGGCUUUUCUUGUGCAAUAUGGAAUUAGAUAUACAGCAAAGAAAUUUUAUAAUCCACAGAAAAAAUUAUAUCAUUCCCUCUGUCAGAAGCAUGAACUUCCUCCUGCACCCUUUGCUCAUAAAGAUUGGAUUCCCUUUCUCAUAAAAUGUGGUUUGAGAGACAAAGUGACAGAGGAAAUAUUUAUCCUCUUUGCGUUACGUGUAGAAAAAAUUGGAAACGAGGUAAGGUUAACUGAUGAGGUGAAAAAAUAUUCCUCAAUUUUGAUAGAAACCUUACAAAAAGAGAAUAUGUUUCGAGGAAAUGAAAAGUUCCUAGAAGAAGUCAAGAAAAUUCAUUUUAUUUUACCUCACACGUUGGAGCAAGGUUUAAUAAAUAUCCACUCUCAGCAUGCCGCCGCACAAUUGCUUAAUUUGGCAGAUUCAGAACUUGUUAGAAACAAGGAAUUGUUAUGGACAACUGUUGGAUUACUUGACAAGAAUGCCUGUAGUCUUGUUGAUGAUAAGCACAUAUGGCAAAGACUUGGUCAUGACGAAAAACCACCCGAGGAACAAGUCUUCAAGCAUAUUAAACUGAUUUGCCAACAGUUUGGUGAAGGUUUUCUGACAAAAUUAGAGGAAGAUGAAGAUUUAGAUGCAACAUUAUCCUCCGUAUUUCUGAAAAUAUACUCUUAUCUGGAAGAUAUUUCUUGUAGUGAGAGGAUAUCUUCAUUAAAAGAAACACGGUUUAUUUUUGUUAAAGAGAGAAAAUCAUUUGCUUCCCCGGAUAUUGUCGUUCUUAAUAUGGAUGAUGAACAUGAAAUUCCUCCAUAUCUCUAUAAGGCUCCGACUUACUUUGGCCAAUAUCAUGCUGUAUUUCUGAAGUUUGGUGCAUUCGAAAAACUUUCCAGUAAUCAUUACGCAAAUGUUUUAAAAGAGCUUUAUAAGAGGUCCAAAGGUGGAAUCCUUGAUCCUAACGAGAAAACAAUGGCUGUCAAAGCCGUUCAAUUGCUUUUUGAGAAAUUAAGAAAAGAAAUUCCGGAUGUGCAACUUAAAUCAGAUUUAUAUCUCCCAAGCAAAGAUCACGUCUUAUUGUCGAGCAAAUCGCUAGUAUUUGUUGACAAUAAAGUCUUGGAAAAACGUAUCUGUAAAGGGAACCAUAAUUUGAAAUAUGCUCUUGGGUUCAAAGAAUUAAAUAUGAAAGAUGUGCAUGAUCCAGUAAAAGAGAUAUCUCUAAUUCCAAUUGAGACGAGACCAAAAUUUCUCUCAAAAAUUGUUGUGGAAGAGGUAUCCCCGGAAUGCAAAACUUAUAAAUGGAGAAGUGAAAGGGCAACUUUCUUGGGAAAGUUUUUGUGCUGUGAAGAUUUUAUCAAAAGUGUCAUUCGCUUGGUUCGACACGAACGAUAUCAAAGAAACAAAGAAUGUGGUGAAAUAGAAGAAACUCAAAUCAGAGAUAUCUUUAAAAUGUUGAAAGUCUUUGAGGUGGUAAAUUUGACAACUGUAUUAAGACUGAAUGCGGAGGUUAUCAAAAAUACUGAGAAGCAAGCACAAAUUUCAUAUUCCAUUGACACAGAGAACUCAAAUUUAGUAUGUAUUUAUCUGAAUUCUUUCAGGCGCCAAGAAAACACCAAAUGGAUAGAGUCAAUCGCAAAUGAGUUGACCCGCAUCAUCAACUGUCUUUUAAAGAAUGAAUUAAGUGAAAGCUGUUUACAUUUGGCUCAUGUUCUUGGUUUUAUUGAAAAUCCAGAAUGCAUUAAAGAGUUCUUGGACAGCAAACAAAUUAUUUCUCUGGAAGACUGUGCUUCUGAUGAACCUUUCAUUCCAGAAUUAGGCUCUGAAAUUCCAGUCAAAUUUCACCACUUGUUGAAAAAUUCAUUCAAGUCACUUGCAAUAAAUGAAUAUGUUGGAUAUGAACAGUUUGAUCCUUUAAUUGAUGAUGAUAUUGUGCAAAACGAUUCCUUGCCAGUUUUCUUAUUUGCCCAGGUAAAGGAAGAUGAUACAAAAGACAUCAAAAAUGUGUGGGAGAAGAAAUAUAGAAUUGAUAUAGGUCUGAUGGAUGAAAUUGUUGUAAAUGCGUCCCGUUUAUACAAAUUUGACAGAAAAACUCAGAGAGACCUUUGUGUGGAAAUUUAUACACAACACAAAGGGAGUGAAAAAAAAUAUACGUCGGUCAAGAGUGAAAGAAAUUUAAAUUUGAAAGAGGAAAAGAAAAACAUAAAAAAUAUCAUGAAAGACACUCUUAAUAAACCGCUUAAUGAGAGAAAGAGAAUAUGGAAGCGGCUUCUUUUACGGUAUCAUCCAGAUAAACAUAUGGAAAACAAAGAUUAUUAUACGAAACUGACCCAGUAUAUUAACUCUUUAAUCCAAAGAAUUGAAAAUGGCCAAACUUUAGAUUACGACAGCGAAGAUGAAGUUGAUUCGGGAACUGGAUUUAGAAGACGUAAUUAUAACCGUCCAUCGGGUUCAACAUUCGGACAAGGAUUCAAAUUUUCAUCAUUUUAUGAGCAGUGCUUUAAUCGUGAAAAAUCCUAUGCAAAAUAUAAGCGGACAUAUCGUCCUCCAGAAGAAGGGCAGAGCUAUUUUCAAGAAUUCCGCAGACGUGGUUCCCAGCCCGGUCAGGCGGAUAGAUGGUACCGCCAGGCAAAAUACGACUUGGAUGCAGCAUGGGGUAGUGAAGGUCGUGAAAACGCCCAUAAUUGGGUGUGUUUCAAAUGCCACCAGGCUGUGGAGAAGGCGUUAAAGGCUCUACUUUACCAAAAAGAUGCUGAUUUAUUUAUGCGCACACACGAUCUGUCGAUGUUGGCCUCUCGAUGUGGUUACGAUAAACUUGAGUCCCUGGUGCUGACGUUUGAGGAAGUGACUAAAUCAUAUGACGCCAUGCGGUACCCUGACGGCGUAGCCAGUGGAUCAACUCCUUCAGAAUUUUAUACAAAAGAACAAGCAUCAAAUGCCAUUAAGAAAGCGUCUGAAAUUUUAAAUAUGAUCAAGACGGAACUUGAUAAAUUAAAAUUUUCAUAAUGGAAAAACAAAUAUGGAUUAAAAAACAAAAUUUUUGUCAUCAGUGAUUUAAACAUUUACAUUACUACACUGUACCGGUACAUGUGUACAUACGAAUGUGAUUUACAUGUUUAUUUUGUGUCUACAUGGCCUGUAUGGACAUUUUGUUCAUACAUGAUCAGCAAACAUUAGCAGCUUAUUUUCUGUAUCAAUGUAAAGAAAUGAAGUUAAAGAAAACCAUAAUGAUGAUUGCAUUUUUCAUAUCUGAUUAUGUUUUAGCUGUGGAGGCUAGAUGUUCUCUCAUUAUACAUAUUUUUUGAAGAUAUAACGAAAAUACAUAAAUUGAUGUUAAAAUUAUUGAUUGAGUGUAGUUGUUCAAAAGGAAUACAUAUUCAUGAAUGUAAGAAAUAUAAAUUAAAUGUGUACCACAUAGCACCAUCACAUACAGCUUUUGAAAUCGUUUUGCAUUGGUCUGAUAUCUUUGUUUCUUUGAUGUUGGGUAGAUGUACCAUG